AUGCAGCCGGCCCUGGCCCUCCUCUGCCUCAGUGCCACGCUCCUGCCCGCCGCCUCCGGCCACCUCUGGGCCUGGAUGUACUCCCUGCCCCGGCACCCCCCGGACGAGGCCGCGCUGGGCAGGAGAGCGGGGCCUGGGGACAACCUGGAGGAGGUGACAGCGUGCGGCCCUGACAGCCCCUGCGCCCGCGGGCACUUCUGCGACGAGCACUUCGGGCUGUGCCUGCCCGCGCGCCCCGCGGGGCAGUACUGCCGCCACGACGCCCACUGCGCCCACGGCCUGCUCUGCAUGUUCGGGAAGUGCCAGCAGCCCGUGCCCGACGGGCAGGAGGGAGCCCGGUGCCGUCGGGACGAGGACUGCGGGCCGGGCGGCUGCUGCGCGCGGCGGCACGGCGAGCGGGUGUGCCAGCAGCGGCUGGCACCGGGGCAGGGCUGCCACGUCCCCCCCGGGGGCCUGGCCUUCAGCAUCAACCAGGUGUGCCCCUGCCAGGCCGGGCUGGUGUGCCGGGCCUCCACGCCCCAGCGAGAGUGA